AUGGGCCUACGGAAACGCCCUCUUACGGCUCAUCUCGCCUUCUUCGCGUUCCUCCUUCUCCAGGUUGUCAUUCCCAUCUCGGCCCAACUUUGCUACAACCCCAACGGCUCCAUAAGCAAUGACCGCCCCUGCAAUAGCACCGCCGACGUGAGCGUUUGUUGCGAGGACGGCUUUGUCUGUACCGAAAACAAGCUCUGUCAGCCGAUGGGAUGGUAUGACGGCUCUGAUGGGAACCCACUGCAGCUGAUCCGGGGUACCUGCACGGACAAGACGUGGAAAUCGGGCAAUUGUCCUGGACACUGUAUUGCUGAAUCACCCACUGGAGGAGAAUGGGUCAUGCGAUGCGGUUCCAACUCCCAGGAAUACUGCUGUUCCGACGAUUCCUGUUGCAGCAACGGUGGAAAGCGAUAUGACCUUGGCAAUGCGACAAUGACUGCGCUAGCCGGCCGCCAGGUGUCAUCCUCGACCCAGUCAUCAUCAUCAACAACGUCCGCUUUAUCGACUACGACGACGAACUCGGAGGCGACGGCGGCGCACCCAACCCCUACGGUAUCCGCACCGAGUGAGACCGGACCGGAAGAUUCAACGAAUUCGCAAGCCAAAACCAUUGGCAUUGGUGUCGGAGUGGGAGUUGGAGGUGGUUUACUGGUUCUGGGGCUUUUGGCUUUUCUUUUGUGGCGACGGAAAAGGGCUAGGGCUGCUGCUGCUGCUGCUGUGGGUGGUAGCUAUUCGCCGUCCCAGUUGACUCAUGUGUGGGCGAUGAAGCAGUCAAAAGGUGUGGCGGAGCUGGACUCGCGAGACCCGCGGGUGUUUUCAGAGAUGCAAGGGAGACCAUCGCAUCCGGUGUAUGAGGUGGAGUGA